AUGGAUUUAAAAGUACUUGUAAACAGUUGCAAUUUUAAGGUUAUGGGCAAUUAUUUCAUAGUUGCUCAAUUAGAUGAAUUAACAUUUCCAGAGCAAAACAAAAAAGUUCAAAAAGCAAGAACAGAAAUAUAACUGAGAACAUAAACUCCUACAUUUUAAAAAAAUAUGCUAACAUUUAAAGAUCUUUCUUUUGGCAGUAGAUUAACUCUUAAAUUAGGAGUAUUUUUAACUAGAUUACAAUCAGACCCUGGUGAUAAUGAGACUUUAAUUGCUAACUCUAAAGUUUUAGGAUCAAAUGCAUUCACAUUUACUACAAGAAUGCUUUCAGUAUUAAGAGAAUAAAAAAAUUUAGAGCAAGAUAUUAAAAUUCUAGCAGUUGAUGGCAAAGAUGAAGAAGUUGGAAGAAUUUAAAUGUCAAUUAAAUAUAAAUCAACAACUUUUGAAGAUAAAAUUGAAGAUGAUAUUCAUCUUGUAGAACAACUUUAUUAUGACCCAUUUGAAACCAACUUAGAAAAAAUUAAAGAAAAUUGUGCAAAAAUAGAAAAAAUUCUUGCAAUCAAAUAAGAAGAAGCUGAAAAAGUUUAACAAAAAGUAAAUUAUAUGAGGAAUGCUCACAAAAGCGUUUCAUAUGAUCUAGGAAAGUUGAGAGAAGAAAGAGAUAAAUUAGAAAAAGACAAUAACAAUUUGAGGGAUACUAUUAAAAAAAAGAAUGAUGUAAAUGAAAUUCAUAUUCAUGUAGAUGUUCUUAAAAAUACAGAUUAAGGUUUAGAUGUGCUCAGAUAAAAAUUAGCACUUCUAAUGAAUAAAUUGUAAUUCGAACAAAGUGUAUACAAAGAAUUGACUGAAAACUAUUUUUCAAUAGAAUAAUAGCUAAAAGUAGCAAAAAAUGUGAAAACAGAUAUAGAAACUGUUAAACUUGCUAUUGAGUAAUAAGAUUUUCAUAUAUAAAGAGCUAAAGAUUAAUUACCAUUAGUAUAAGACUUAGUUUAAACAAUAAAAUCCCAAGAAAGUAUUAUUAAUAAUUUAAGGGAAAUAAUUUAAGAUAAAAUGAAAGAAAAUGAUAAGAUGACUUCUAAGGAAUUAGAGUUAAAAGUAAAAUAUUUGAAACACGAAAGAGAAAUUUUAUAAGAGAAGGAGAAAUAAAUUGAUGCAAUAUAUCAUUUAUCAGAAGGUGGUUAAAUUCCAUUUUAACACUUUGAAAAGCUCAAGAAAGAUGAAUAUAUUAGAGAGAAUCCUUUAGAAAUUAAAAAAUACAGAGAGAGAUGUGAAGUAUUACUUUAGCAGAUUGAAAAGAAUACACUAGAAUUAGAUAAAUUAAAUAUGAAAGAGGACAUACUUUAACGUUAGAACUAGCUUUUUUAUAAAGAUGAUUAAACACAAAGAAAUAGAGAACUUUUACUUUUAGAAAUAGAGUCUAAGUAGAAUCAGGCUAAUAUACUAUAAGAGGAGAUUGUAAGAAUGACAAGAACAUAUGCCUAAGAAGUAGCAGAGUUAAAAGCUAAAAUAACUCUAUUAGAUAACUUAAUAAGAUCAAGUGGUAUUGAUAUGAGAGAUAAUUAUUACUGA